UGGAUCAGCGUCCGCCUUGCAGAGGAGUGAGGCGGUAGGAGGAGGAGGUGGUGGUGGCGGGACACGCGCAGUAGCGGGCACGCUCUUCGCGUUCUUUAACAACAACAAUAAAAACAACAACAACAACGGCAAGAACUCGACGACGACGCGAAUUAAGACUCGCGCGCGGAUGGAGAGUAACUUGGAACUCGGGCAGCAGCAGCAGCAGUCGAGCUGCGAAUUGUGCGGCGCAAUGGAAAACCUGCUGCGUUGCGGUAGGUGCAAGAGCUCCUUCUACUGCUCCAGGGAGCACCAGGUCUCGCACUGGAAGUCUCACCGACGCCGCUGCCGCCUGCCGACGACCGACUCGACGACCGCCUCGGCGGGCAGGCUGCCGCCCGUAGCGGCGUCACCGUCAGACUCUGCAGUCUCGGCGGCGUCGGCCACAGCCGCCGCCGCCGCCUCGGCUGUGUCAGCCACGACUGUGUCAGCCACAGCUGCUGCUGCUGUGUCACCACCGGCUACAGCUGUUGCUGCUGUUGCUGCUGCUGUUGCUGUGUCAGCCUCGGUUGUAUCAGCGGUUGUGUCGGACACAGCGCGGCUGAAUGGCAGGCUCAAGCAAGACGACGACGAUGAUGAUGACGACGACGACGUUGACGUUGUGGUGGUGGCGGCGGACAAAGUGAGCAGGACUGACGAGGUGGAGGCCAGAGGACGCGGCAGGGGCAAGACGAGGAGGAAAGGAGGUGGCGGAAGAGGUGGUGCUGCUGCUGGUGGUGGUGGAGGAGGAGGAGCGAAAGGAGACGAUCUGACGCAGACUGGACGGCAUCAUUCGCAGUCACACGGCGGCCACCACGGAGAGACACAACUGGUGGUGGCAACGGCGCCACUGACACUGGCGUCGGCGACGGAUAAGGGUGCGACACCAGAACCUCUGAGCAAGAGCAACGGACGUGGCCCCAACGGGCAGCCGGCGCGGCCCAGCAUGGCUCAGCGCGCCGCCUCCUACGUGGUGCCGUGCAUGGAGAAACUCGGCAUCUGCAUGGUGGAGGACUUCCUGGGCGAGGAGACGGGCAGCGCCAUACUCGCCGAGGUCAAGCGGCUCCACGGCAGCGGCAAGUUCUGCGACGGGCAGCUCGUGGGUCAGCCGCGGGCCAAGGGCGGCUCAGAAACGUCGCCCGCUUCUGCCGCCUCCUCGUCCUCUUCGUCCUCCAGCUCGUCGUCCUCCUCGUCGGUCAUCGCCGGGGCGACACUUUCGCCGCCGUCUGCGAUCCGCGGCGAUAAGAUCGCGUGGAUCAGCGGGAGCGAGCCGGGCUGCGAGAAGAUCGCCUACCUGAUGUCGCAGAUGGACGAGCUGAUCAGACAUUGUGCCGGACGCCUGGGGAUCUACAACAUCAACGGACGCACCAAGGCCAUGGUGGCCUGUUACCCAGGGAAAGGUGCCGGCUACGUUCGCCACGUAGACAACCCGAACGGGGACGGCCGCUGCGUCACGUGCAUCUACUACCUCAACAAGAACUGGGACAGCAAGGUCCACGGUGGUGUGCUGCGGAUUUUCCCCGAGGGAAAGCCACAGUUUGCGGACAUCGAGCCCAUAUUUGACCGUCUACUCCUGUUCUGGUCGGACCGUAGGAACCCACACGAGGUGCAGGCUUCAUACUCGACGCGGUAUGCGAUUACGGUAUGGUACUUCGACAAGGAGGAACGCGCUCAAGCCAUCAAGAGACACUCAUUGGCUGCAGGAGAGAAGGACAUGAAGGUGUCGCUGAGCCAGGCGGAGGCGGGGAACCAGCACACCACGCGGCCACCGCAGAACGGCGCUAGUGACGCUCGUGCGAGACACUGACCCAACGUCCCCAGCGCUGUGUGAUUAGCGACGUGACCAUUUUUCAUUAUUUCUGGUUUCUCGUGUUCUUAUAAAAGGUGCAAUUUUUAUUUUCUCUCUGUGUGUCCAAUUGUGCUAUUUUUUUUUUCAUCCAGAUUUUUACAUAAUUAUUAUUCCUCCCAGUUUUAAAGUGAGAUUAUUAUUGUUGCCAUAUUUUAUGUUAAAUGGCCAACAUUGCAGGUAAAAAACAACAAUAUUUGUAAAUAGACUAUAGCAUAAUAAUAAUUUGUUUGCUGCUCAUGUAAUUUUAACUGAUUCCAAACGUUUCUUAUUGCUUCCAAUAGCUGUAUUUGAUAACGUUUUUAAAAGGAAAUGGGUCUACAUUCCAGAUAAUUCUAAUGUAUGGCAUUUCCGCAUGAAUUCUGAAUAAUUAUAUAUAUUAUUCAAGCGACAGUUUUGAGCGACUGGCGCCGUGUCCAAAGGUAGCGUUUUUACUCUGGACUUGAAAAAAGCAAUUGGACUCAAUGUUACGUGCGUACAGUACCUCUUUUCCACCGUACUAAACCCGUGCCGUGCCUAUGCCGAGCCAGCCCGGCGCGGCUCAAGAGGAGGCGCCGCAUUUUUUUCCACGGCAGAAGUUGAGCCAUGCCGCUGACGUCUCGCGCAAUGAAUGUGUCCUGUGAGGGCCCUGCGCUGGCUCAGCUCGUAUGUGCCAAUGGAAAAGGGGUAGUGUAUAUGUUUUCAAACGUUGGCCUUACAUGCCGUUGAAUUUGCAUGGAAAUCUUGUAAAUGAAUACAUCAUUGCGUAGGUCAGCUGCAAAAGAACAGCCUUAAAAAAACAACAGUUAUCUUUGGGAUAAAUGCAGUGUGUGAGCAACACAAUUUACGUACGUGAAAGUUGACGCGCACAUUAAGCCAAGACUAACAGCAGCUGUGGGAUGCUGCCGAUAUGUAAUGGUUAGCACACUGGACUUGCCAUCUAGUGAACGUCGGGUCGAUCUUCUAGCGCGGCAGUUGAAACAACGCUGCAGAUUUCUUAAAUCCCCCAGCCUCUGUCCCACCCAGCAGUGUUAAAUGGGUUCACCACAGUCCACCUUCCAGUACGUCUGGUCACUAUGUAUGUAUGUUGAACUUAUUUCGCACAGUACGUAGCCAACGGUGCUAAUCUGAUGUGCGGCGGAAGGACAGCAAACGAAACACAAACGGUAGUUCUAAAGGAACAAGUUUUCAAUCUAUAUUUAAAAGUGCAUAGCGCCAGUGGCUUCAUGAUAUCGGAAGGAAGAGCGUUCCAGACGGCAUCUGAGAAUUUUUUUAUGGAAACAUUUUUUUAGCUAAUUUUUUUUUACAAUAUGUAAAUUUAUAUAAGAGAGAUGAUACAUCUUUAAAGUUCGCAUUUGAGGGAAAUCGUCCACAUUGCAACCCCAGGUUUGUUGUGGAAUGUCAAUAUUCAUCAGACGGGGGGAGGUUUGUGCAUAGAACAUCUGCUGGCAGACUAAUGCCCAUUUGUAGACAAGUGCUGCAUGUCUUUUCGCACACAGGGACAGCUGCCACUGGGGGGGAGGAUCUCCUUGGCUAGACCUGAAGCAGGUCAUCGGAAUGGUUGCUACGUGGUGCUUUGAGUGACGGAGGCAAUUAAGCGGCCUGGAAAUGCGCAAAUCCUUAUCCUUAAAAAAAUGUAUAAUAAUGUAAAUACGUUGUAUAAGAAUGCAAUGGAUUCUUCAAAAAACCAUGCAAAACAUUAACGCAGGAAAUAAAAACAAAAAAUGAUGUACAUUUUUUUUAAAUUGUGAAAAUUUGUUUACAAUAACAAUGCUGUCGAUAUUUUAAAUGUAAUUGAUGUGGCCGCAUGAAUAGUAUGAUGAAAUUGCAGCUGCAUGUACACACUACGUAUAGCAUUAUGACCGGGCACCCAGUCUGCUGUGCAAGAUCUAUUCAACCAUUCCGAGAUUUACGCACGGUACAACGUUGCACAUCUGACUCGCUCGGGACUGCAGUAUAUGCAGAAAUGCUAAAUAGGCAAAGAUAAAGCGCAAACUGCUUUAACAUGGGUCAAAAGCUUCACUGUGCUCUAGAAGUGAGCGAAUGUACGCAAGAUUAAUAAUGCAUUUCUGUUUGUCAAAAGAUUGUGUAAUUGAACAUCUGUAAAAACGACAUUUGCACCGAGCUCAAGUGCUGCAUUGGGUGUGGGCGGUUAGCCGGCCAGGGCAAGAUUUACGAUGUGACAACGUUCGGGAUAUGUAACGUACCACCUGGAAUCAUUUUUAAAUGCUGGUAUAGAUUUAGGUACCCAAUCUUUGGGUUCCGCCUGCAACCCGGUCAUUCUGCCCACGCUUAAACACCGGGAAGAACGGAGUUUCGGUCGAUAUCUCGGUGGCAGAAAUAGGGAAAGGCUAACGUGGUUUUGUUAGAGUGCAUUAGGUUGCAAAAUCAUUUGGAUUUAAGCACACCCCUUGGGGGCAAGACCACGUGAGCUUAUAUCAGAAGUAGUGUUCUUGUAUCUAAAAAACUGCCCAUUUCCUUCCCCCCCAUCACGUGUAAAAUGUAAGGACGUGUUGUGUAUAAUACAACUGUGCUUAUAUACAUCUUAACUGUCUUAAAAGAAAAAAGACCUCAUUGUAAAUAUCUGCGGUCGUGAGAUGCGUUACCGGGUAACGUGUAAUCCAAUCUUAAUAUUCUGCCUUUUGUACUCUGAUGGGGGGGGGGGGUAGGGCUCGUGGACGAAGUGCACGCCACUAUAGCAGGAGUAGGUCAAGUCGGUUGCUGCGAUCGAGGAACGACAGUCGGCCCGGUUAAGAUGUUUACAUCAAAAUGAAAGUGCCAUUAUUGUGAAGCUGGCAGUGAACUUGGCUUCCAGAAAUUAGAGUACCCACUACUUUGGUCCACUGCCUGUUGUGUGUCAGAUAUCGUCGGUCGUCUUGUUUUUGGCUUUGUGGCAGAUGUUUUUUUUUUAAAUCGUCACGAUAUGAAACAAGAAAAAACACGUGUUUUGUGCGCGUUAACGCAAGCAUAAAUAAAUAUGCGUAAAUAAAUUGUGAGUCUGGUUUAGCGGAGAGACACGUUCAUGGCUCCUCACGAUUGGCCGGGAAAUAACUUUGCCUAACCUAAGCGUUGUACAUUUGUUAUGUUUAAAAUCCAGUGGUGGUUGGUCGGUAUGUGCUACUGGAGCAGCAUCCCACUUAAAAUGCUACUUUUAAAGAGAACGCGUUUAAAAUAUAUCUUACAUUUUUAAGUAAAAAAAAGUUCAAAGCUCCAUUUAAAAGUUAAAAAGGGGCGAAUUUGAAUAAUUUAUUUUGUUUCGGAGUUGAAACCAUCCGGACAAGAAUUGAAAAACGGAGCGCCAGAUUCCACCACCCCAGUGAGAUCCACAUUGUGGCUUCGCAAUGGUUGGUUAACCAUUAAAACCAUAUCAGCCCAAGCUAAUAUCGUAGGUGUAUUAACCAUAAAUGGUAUACAUCGUCUGCUUCGCCGUGGACAUUAAACAUCCCUGGGACUUCGAAAAGAGUCGGGCAUGGAUUCCAGCGUCACGGUCCACAUUUGACCAAUUUGCUGCAAACUAACUCAAUUUGGAGAUUACAAGAGUAAUCGUCGCCACUUAACUACAAAACUACUGCAUACUUUGUGAGAACCUUCAUGAUGGCCUUUCGCUCCAACGAUUUCGUUUGAACGACACCACCCCACCAAAUGUGAUCCAACAGCCGCCAAUCUUGCAAAUCUCAACGAUGAAGCUUUCGGUAAUAGGGUGUUGUCAAUUUUGUGUGUGCUUUGAGACAACUUUCCAGCUCGCGAGUUGAAACUACUAAGCAACAUAGCUAUCGCCUUAGUGUCUUUGUAUUGCUGAUUAACUUGACAUCUCUUUCACUUAGCUUAACAUUGGAAUCUUGCCUGUUUGAUGACCGUGUUUAUGAAUUGUUCGAACUCAAGUUUUCAUGCGGAGAAGGGAAAAAAAAGUAUUUUGUAAAAAAAAAAGCUGUACAGUUUUGGCACUCGUAAUUUCACGUACAUUAAUAUCAGUAUUGAUCUAUAUUUUUGUUGCAGUAAACCAAUAAAUUAGUCACUUUAGCGCCUUACAGGUGAUCAAAAGAGGAAAUCAACACGGAGUGAUGAAGUGUUAGUGUGAUUACCGUCGUUGGAAGGCUCAAUGCUAUUUCUGUCGGGGGUUCCAUGUAGGUUGAAUUAGACGCGUAGCAAAUUUAAUCCAAGGUCGGUUCAGAAAAUAUACUACGUAACUAUUUGAUUUUAAUAUUUUAUGAGAAAACGAAGUGAUUUGAUCCAUGUACCUUUCUACCUGUAAAUUAUAUAUUGUACAUUAAAUACAAUUUAAAGUCAA